UUUCAAAAACCCUCCACUUCCAAUCGGUGAAGGUUUCCCUCUCCGAAAAAGCUAGUCAUUCUGUUUCAGAUCAUCGAUGGCUUCCUUCGCCGAGGUGUAAUCCACACCGUUCACCAUUUUUCAAUCUCACGCACCAUUUCGUUGUUCGGAAGAAAUUUUCACGGAGUUCUGAGAUAUGGAUUGGAAGCUCAACGGAACCGCCUCCGUUCAUUCGAGCUCCAGCGGUGGUGCCGCCGCCUACACAAGAUCUUCUUCCCCAUCGUUGCAACCAAACUACAGAAGCCGAUUAGUCCGGGAAACAUUGGAACACUUUGCUGCCAUUGAUCUGAUUGAGUUGUGUAAAGAAGCCAAAGUUGAGCGCUGCCGAGCAACUAGGGAUUUGAGUAGCUGUGGUCGCUCUGUCCGUCAUGUGUUGAAUUCAUGCGGGCAUGCCUCUUUAUGUGAAGAGUGUAGUCAACGGUGUGAUAUCUGCCCCGUUUGUCGAAUCCCAAUUCCCAAGAAUGGUGCUAGGCUGCGUCUCCGACUUUAUAAUGAGUGCAUAGAGGCUGGCCUUAUUUCCAAAAGGUGUGAUGAGAGAUUUCAAGAAAUAGAAGAUGGGGAGAAUCAACUGACUACUGAUGUCCAACGCCUUUAUUCUUUGUUCGAUGUUGCUCUUGAGAAUAACUUGGUCUCUUUAAUUUGCCACUACAUUACAGAUGUAUGUAUGGAUGAAACUGCAGUUUCCAGCGAUCCUGUCAUAGCAUUUUUGUUGGAUGAAAAAGUGAUAAAGGAUUGGUGCAAGAGGACAUUCAAAAACAUCAUAACUGAAAUUCAGAGAAUAUAUAAUCUUGACAUUUUAGGAAUGAAAAAGAGUUUGAGUUCACUUCUGAAAUUUUCAUUAUACUUGAAAGGCAUAGCAAAUGUGCUAGACAUUUUGGAGUCAUCUUUUAAGGGUACUCUUUCAGCACAACUUCAUGAUAUGCACCAUCUCCGAGAGAGCAUAUUAAAGACUAAGCAGCAUAUGGAGAUUAUUAUUUGGUGUGCAAGACAUUUAUUUUUGGAGACUGUGAAAUCUCGUUUUACUGCUCGUUCAUCAUGGGCUUCAGUCGUCCACAAACGGAAAUCAGAAGCAGUUAGACGUGCUUGGCCUGAUGCAGUAAAUCCAUCUAUGGAAUCAACAGCACAUGAUGGAUCCCUAUUUAUUGAGGAUGCAUUGAAAAAUCUUGAUUUGGAGAAUGAAGAUGGAGAGGGAUCAGAUAUUGCAACUCUACAGAAGGGUGGAGCAUCGAUUUUCAGAUCCAAUGCUGAUCCGGUGCUACGUUAUUAUCCCUUCAAAAAUCUUCGUGCUGCUGCUGACUUGCUCUUUUUACGUGGAAGUUCUGACAUGGUUAUUGCAAAACAAGCAAUUUUUCUGUAUUACUUGUAUGAUCGCCACUGGACAAUGCCUGAUGAAGAAUGGAGAGAUAUACUAGAUGAUUUUGCUGCUACAUUUAGUAUUAGCAGGCACUCUUUACUUGAGUCUUUGACAUUUUACCUUCUAGAUGAUCACACAGACGAGGCUUUACAGGAAGCUUGUCGCCUUCUUCCUGAAAUAUCUGGCCCUGCAUCACAUCCUAAAAUUGCUGAAGUACUGCUUGAAAGGGACAGCGCUGAAAUGGCUCUAAUGGUUUUGAGGUGGUCUGGCCGAGAUGGUGGACCACACAUGACUUCACUUACAGAUGCUGUCACUGCAGUGCGGGUAAGGGUUGAGUGUGGGCUUCUGACUGAAGCAUUUAUGCAUCAGAGAGUUCUCUGCACCAAAGCGAAGGGAAAAAAAUUAAGUAAAGGAGCAUCUGGGGAUACUUCUGAGAACCGGGUCGAGUGGGAGGAGGUCCUGGUGACUGAAAUUUGUUGCCUUUGUAUUAGAAGAAAUUUAGUGGAUCGACUGCUAGAAUUGCCAUGGAAUUCUGAAGAAGAGAAAUAUAUACACAAAUGCCUGUUGGAUUAUGCUGUUGAAGACCCCCUAAGGACAACUGGAAGUCUACUUGUUGUGUUUUAUAUUCAGCGCUACAGAUACUCAGAAGCCUAUCAAGUUCAUACUGAACUUGAAAAGGUGGAGCAGGACUCUAUUUCAAAAGGCUCUAUAAGACAAGAGUUUCUACCAAAAUUAGAAAAGGCUAUUCAGUGGAGAGCCAAUUUGGUUAAUAGAUGCUUGGAGUUGUUGCCAGAAGUUGAGAAGCAGCAACUAAGGAGCGGAAAUUUGACUGAUGUUGCUUUUACUUCUCAUGAAGAAGUCGAAAUUCCUGACAAAUUUGAUGUUCCUCAGAUUCAGGAUUCCAGGUCAACCAGUUUAUUGAUUCCGUCAUCUGCGAAUCCUUCCCUCGUACUGCGUAAAGAUCAUACAUCUGGUUUGUGGAGUUCGUCAACUUUAGGAAUUUCAGCCAAAAUAGGCAUGUCUUUCUCCACCGCUGGUCUUGAGCUUGGUAAUUUCAAUUCCCGACCACAUGAUCAUGAGGGGAUUUUAACCAAUGAUGAGAGAGUUCCAAAUCAUCAAACCAAAAUUGGCAAAAUUCUUAGAUUUGAUACCACUCCAACUCCAAGGAAUCAUAGGAUCGGUCUCGUGAACGGUUCACCUCUGAAGGGAUUCAACAGAGCAUCACCAAGCAAUUCCCAGGGAUCUGUACCAAACAAAUUGCGAGGAGUUGAGUCGAAUCUGCUUUUUGGCCAUAAUGAAGCCACCAGUCCUAUGUACUCCUGGAAGACUACAACUAAUCCUGUUACUAGUAGGAAUGUCCAAUUACAUAAAGAUGAUAGAAGUUGGAAUAUAGAGUCCGCUAAUGAUUCGAUGGAUGUUUCACAAAGCCAUAUGGAGAAGAAAUUAGAUACUGAAGAAAAGAUCAAUGGUGGACUCAGAUGGAGAUCUGAUGAAACUAGUGACGGCGAAGAAGAGCAGGGAGCUAUGGAUAUUGGUUACGAUGCAACUCCAACUAGGACAACUAGACGAAUCAGAGUUGCUAAGAGAUAAAAACACUUCUUUUUUGGUAAAAGGAUUCUGGAAUUUUAUGGGAACAAACAGGGAAGUGCACAAGUGAAACAGAGCUGUUUGUAAGAUGAGAGCUAUGCUUUUUUUGGACCUUCAAUUUUUACUUAUGCGUUUACGCUGGUCUCUCUUGUGCUUGUGCAGCUAAUUUCCAUGAUGACAUUGUUGUUGUAAAGGUGCAUUUUCUCAUCCUUUUGCUUCAUUGUUAAUCCAAGUUAUUAUUUUUGCAAAUAUUGGGGAACAAUUCAAUGCAAAUUAAUGUUGUUUUGAGCAAAGUA